AUGGACGAUGGUGGUUACAUUCCUGUAACCCACUGUGGAGGCAAGAAUAAUCUGUCGUCGCUCUCGGCAGGAAGAUCUCCGCGUUGUGUCUUUUGUGGAAUGGAUGCUUCGGCCAAAUUUGGUCAGGGUGAACUUUUGCGUUUUCGCACAUCUCACUCAUCCUUGGGUCUUCCUGAAUGGUAUACUGAGCCUAAGUCUCAGCCACAAGCUCUCAAGCGUGCUUUAUUUCGGAAGCUGAGUCAGACAGUAGCUGAACAGCCCGUCCAAAGUACUCCCCACCUCCCGCUAACUCCUUCUGAUUAUCUGUUUUUUUGCAGGCUAACAUUCUUUAGGUCUGAUGGUAAACCGAUUUUGAGUGGCCUUCCAAACGCCUUUUCUGAUUCCGAAGGCCGACCCUUCGGCUACGUCGAUGAGCUUCGCGAAAUCGGAUGGCCAACUUCCGGUGAUUCGGGCGAGAAGCUGGUACUGGAAAAUUUGCUUGUCGCUUGUGCCCCACGAGAAGGUGGUGAAGGUAGUUGGCUAUAUGCACAUCACUGUUGCUGUUCUUGGUCGGAUGGAGUGGUAAUGAAUAAACAGAUGGAGUUCGAAGGUGUGGAAGACGCUGCAGUAAAAGCAAUGCAGACAGAGUGUGCUCUCUGUAGACGUCUUGGUGCAAGCGUGUCUUGUCAUGCCGAUGGUUGUCAUCGUAGUUUUCACUUCCCCUGUGCUUCUGGUGCCGGAUGCUAUGAAGAAAUCAAAACUCUUACCAUCUUUUGCCCUUCUCACCUGGAUUCCGUGUUGUCGAGUUUGGGUGAAAACGUGACUCCCUGUUUAGUGUGUGACCAAAUCAAUGAUGUAUCAGAAAUGAUUUUUUGCACUAGUUGUGGUAAUCAUUUUCACAAUCCCUGUCUUGAACCCCCACUGAUGUUAAGCCCAACCGUUCGAGUAGGAUGGCAGUGCCCUGAAUGCAAAACAUGUCUAAUCUGCAGUGAAAGCAAAGAUGAAACGAAGAUGGUCAUUUGCGAUGUCUGUGACAAGGGAUUUCACACCUACUGUCUGAAACCGCCUGUGACAAAUAUACCUAAGAAUGGUUUCAAGUGUGACCGUUGCCGCGUUUGCACUGAUUGUGGUCUUCGCCGUUUCUCAUCCUCUAAGGGGUUUGGUGCUCCCCCAGAAAAUGAGACCACUGAACAGCCUGUCACACGGUGGCAUGCUAACUAUACCCUCUGCGAUCGAUGUUUCCACGCAAGGAAACGACAGAAUGCCUGCUGUGCUGUCUGCGAACGCGCACUGCGAUGCUGUGUCACUUCAAACGGAAACACCUGUGGUGGAGCAACCCCAACCACGCCUCUGACUUGGCCAAGUCGUCGCUGUGCAGGAUGUCGUCGAAUGGUCCACUACGACUGCGAUCCAGUACUCCAGUCCUCCCUCUCGUCCCCUCAUUCCUCCUCGUCUCCCUCCCUCGGGGCUGGGGGUGGCGUUGGCAUUGAAGAUGCUUCCGGGUCACAGGUCACUGGUAGUGGCGGUUACUUUUGUCCAACUUGCAGGAACCGUGAUUCGACCACUCCUAGUGAGGCACUUUCCGCAACUGCUAGUCUCCGUACAAGUCCUUUUGUUGGCGGCGCCGGCAGUAGUGAUUUGGGCGAUGCAAAUUCCAUAGUCGCUAGUGCCAGCCCCUCGCUCACCGAUGAUCAGCAGCAAGUCUCUUCAUCAUCUGUCACCUUGGCAACUCGGGCGUCUUUUGCCGCUAGCAACGCCGACUCUACUUCAACCACACCGACCACAGAUCCGGGCAAGCAGACUAGUUCGUUGGCAUCGGAUGCGCUAAUCGCGCCGCCAGCUCUGCCGAAAUCGCCUCGGGGUGGCGGUGGGCCACGUCCCCAUAAGGCAGUUGGUAGACCUCCGGGCAGUUUAACCAAGUCCAAGUCAAUCGCUACGGGCAUCGGGGAAGUGGGAAGGAAGCGCAGUAAAGUCGAACCCAAUGACUCCUGUAAACCGCUUUCCAAGCUUUCCGGAAGCAUUGCAAUGACGCCGAAUCCCUACGCGUCGUCACCGAAGCCGCAGGUAGCCAAGACCGUAGGCGCCAAGCGCUCCCUCAGUAACUCCAUGGCCACGGCGCCCGGUGGGACGCGUGCGCGACGCUCCAAAAACCGCAAAGUCGGAGCCAGUGUAAUAAAAAUAACCCCCCAACCCGAACCGGCCCCUGCUCAACCUCGUGUGCCCAGCCUGACCCUCCAGAAAGUAGUUCGGCCAACAACCCCUGGAUUGUUUGUCUCGUCGAAUCACUUAGUUGUUGCGGAGUCAAAACACCACUCAGUUGUUGGUGGUGAUGGUGGUGGUGGUGGUGGUGGUAAACCCCAGCUAACUCUAACGCUUCGGUUUAAAAAACGUGGGCGUCCGAGCAAAGCAGCAAAGAGGCAACAACAACAGAUGUUGGCGCAGUAUUCCGUCGAAUCUGAAAAUGUACGAUUCGUUCGAUACAUCGACGAUCGCAACUGCUGGACGGUCAAAUGCGAAUCGAAGAUGAGCCAAGAGGAGGACGACCAUCCAAGCACCGUGGUCAUCUGCCGAAGUGAUGAUCGGUUUGUUUUGGAGCAGGAU